CGAGCUCAGAGAGAAAGAAGCGCGGCGGGGCUGAGCUCGGCGGUCCCGCUCCUCCUGCGCCCAGCCCCGGGUGGGGGGCUCCUGCGACGGGAGGCAGAGGCAGAAGCAGGCCGAAAGAAAAAUGGUGGCUCUCCCAACCCUUGGUCUCCUCCUCCUCCUCCUCGUGGUCGGCUAUGGCUCCUCUGAGAACUCCAGCACCUCCAGAGGCUGCGGACUGGACAUCCUUCCUCAGUACGUGUACCUCUGCGAUCUGGAUGCUAUCUGGGGGAUCGUUGUGGAAGCAGUGGCUGGCGCCGGGGUCUUGACCACACUGCUUCUCAUGCUGAUCUUGCUGGCACGGCUGCCGUUCAUCAAAGAGAAAGAGAAGAAGAGCCCACUGGGGGUGCAUUUCCUCUUCCUUCUUGGGACCUUGGGACUCUUUGGCUUGGCGUUUGCCUUCAUCAUCGAGGAAGACGAGACUCUCUGCUCCGUGCGCAGGUUCCUGUGGGGGGUCCUCUUUGCCCUGUGCUUCUCGUGCUUGGUCGCUCAGGCCUGGAGGCUCCGGAGACUCGUCCGCCACGGCAAAAGCCCGUCCGGAUGGCAGCUGGCUGGUGCGGCCAUCUGCCUUGCCCUGGUCCAAGUUAUUAUUGCAACGGAAUGGCUGAUACUGACCAUUGUGAGGGACGGGAAGCUGGCCUGCCAUUACGAGCCGAUGGAUUUCGCCAUGGCGUCCAUCUAUGUGAUGUUUCUGAUGGUGGUGGCUCUGGGCUUUUCUUUUUUCACAGUUUGCGGCAAGUUCAAGAAGUGGAAGAAGAAUGGUGUGUGCCUCAUUCUCACCAGCUUUUUCUCAGUCCUGCUUUGGGUUGCAUGGCUGGCAAUGUAUCUGUAUGGGAAUAAAGAACUUGGGAGGCGGGACCAGUGGCGGGACCCAACGCUCGCCAUUGCGCUGGUCUCCAGCGGUUGGGUCUUUGUGGUCUUUCACGCCAUCCCAGAGGUCCACUGCUCCAUCCUUCCAUCUCAGCAAGAAAACACACCUAAUUAUUUUGACACUUCACAACCGCGCAUGCGAGAGACUGCGUUUGAGGACGAUUUACAGCUUCCACGGAGCUACAUGGAAAACAAAGCCUUUUCAAUGGAUGAGCAUAAUGCAGCUUUGCGGACGGCAGGGUUUCGCAACGGCAGUUUGGGAAGCCGCCCUAGCGCUCCCUUCCGAAGCAACGUCUAUCAGCCCACCGAGAUGGCUGUUGUCCUGAAUGGUGGGACUAUUCCAACUGCUCCACCAAGUUACACUGGAAGACACCUCUGGUGAAAAAUCUUAUAGGCUGAGAGAGAGAGAAAAAAAGAGAGAGAAUCCAUUAACAGGUUUCAUUCCCGAGCAGUGUGUGUCUUUCUGUGGGAAGGAGCCAAUAAUACUAGCAAAAGAAACCAGGAGAGCAGAAAACCCACCUGGGAUCGCGGGAGUCCUGGGACGGACGGCUUUUUUUUUUUUUUGGUGAAAAAUAAAUACAAAUGUGAGCACUGUUGAAUUGACCAGCUAACCAUGAGAGCAAAACCUCUGACAAAGCAAAACCUCUGAAACAUAAGCUGAAACUAAACAACAAAUAUAGAUAUAGGCACAUUCUUUUUCAAUAUGUGGGAGAAAGGAGAUGUGGGAUUUUCUCACGGGGCAAUGCAGCGUUCAGCUGGAGCCAGUACGCAGAAGGGAGUGAUCCUGGACUUCCUGUGGUCACCCACUGCUUUGCAGUGCAGUCCCUUCUUGGCUUUGGUCCCAAUGAAGUCUCCCCUUGCGCAGGUGGUCCUUCAACUUCCAUCUGCCACCUUUGCAAUGAGUAAAGAGCCUGAGACACUCCCGUUCCUGCCCAUAUGGUUGUUCACCUAGAAUGAGCAAUGCUCCUCAGGUGGGACCUUUUCAGUGGCUUCCUUCACAGCAAAGCUUAUGUCCCAUGUGCUGGUUGGGUUUCCGAAUGUGAGCUUUGGGGGAGGAAAAGCAAAAAGGUGAGAAUUCCCUUAGAAGCUGAGGUUGGCUCAUUUGUAGUCCGCUCUGUUUCUAAAAAAGCAAGAAGGCAAAGAAAAAGAAGAGGAGUGACCCAGAGCAGGCUUUAGUCCUGGUUGCGGGUCUGCUUCCUUUCUUCGGGAGGGAAGUGGAACAGGAAGGUGUGCACAGCAGAGCUUGGGGAGCUUUGGCUUUGCCUCUUUUGCCCAUACAGUCACAACACAAAUGGCUUGGUGCCACGUUGGGCUAUUGGAGAGUAGGAUGAAGGAGAAAGGAAAUGAUGGGGGUCCUGAGUGAUGUGAGCAGCACAAAAGGGACACGUGGCCUACCUCAAGUCCCACUGCCCUAAGCAGAAAGAAAGAAAGAACAUGCGUGUAUCUUUCCCCAUCCCUAUAAGGUGUUCCUUGAAAAUGAGAAAUGUUCAGGUGCCUCUUGAUGGGGGUCACUUCACUUGUAUACAAUAAAUCCCCCCUCCCUUUGCUUGCUGCCACCCUCCCACCCCCAGUUUAACACUGAAGCCUCAUUGACUGCAAUGGUUUGUGCAUUUCCUUGCAUUUAUUUGUGUGUACUUUUAUGGAGCAUUUUUAAAAAAAACGAAAAGAAAUGGGAUUAUAUAUGGGCGUUUGGGAAAGAUGUGUCCUUUCCUAGAAACUGCCAUGUUCCUGCUGCCUUUUCACAUUUCUAUGAUUUUAAUAUUUGGCAAAGCAUUCCUUCAUUGUUUAGCAUCGAAUACAUAUCGGGCAUGCGAGCCAUCAUUUGCAUCCUCUGUGCUGGCCGGCAUUGCUCUCUUGCUUUCCUAGAGACUAAAUGCAAUUAAGGUUUGCUUGUGUGAGUGUGUUUAUUUUGCAUUAUAUGAGAAAGCCAAUUCUUUUUGUUUGUUUGUUUGUUCUAACCAUAUGUUACAUUACCAAAUGUCAAUUAAAAAUUAUAAUGUAUAAAUAAAUAAAGCAACUCAGUAGAUUUUCAAGGUUAUCCAAUGUAAGUAACUGAAUUUUCCCCAAGAAAGGUCUCUAGCUCUCCUUGUACCUAAUAUUUUACUCUUUUAUGUAUUCGAUCCAAUAGAAUUUAGCCCAGUUCUCACUGGCAUGGUCAACAUAUUUUCAAGGCAGUACUAUUUUUGAACUGCAGAACGGGACUCGUUUAAUCUAAUUUUCUAUAAACAUAUAGAAAAUCGUCAUGUCAAGGAAUAAAUACCAUGCUGCUUUUUUAUAGGUGUAGAAUUUGGGAUUUUUUUCUACAUAGAUUCUCAGGUGGAGAUAAAUAAAAACAUGAAGGAAGAGUGUUUUGAAGCUUCUACAGUAGGCAUGGGCCAACUUCGGCCUUUCAGGUGUUUUGGAUUUCAACUCCCACAAUUCCUAACAUCUUACCGAUUGUUAGGAAUUGUGGGAGUUGAAGUCCAGAACACCUGGAGGGCUGAAGUUGGCCUAUGCCUGUUUUAUAGGCUCGACAUGCUGCCUUGAACUACUUCCAUGCUUGUUCUCACUCCAUAGGUUUCUGCUUUGUUGGGGAAGGAGAAGAGCCCUGCCUCGCAGGAAGACUGGGCAAGGAGAAAUUUGCCUACAAACCUGGGGACCCAUCUCAAAGUAGACAAUACUCUGCUAGACACACAAACAAUUUAAUAUAAGGCAACUUCUGAUGUAUAUUUCAGAGUGGGCUGACAAACUUUAGGUAUUGGUAACCCAAAGCGAUUUUUCUAAGCAUUCCUUCUUCUCUAGAUCCAAAAGUAAUAAUAAAAAACUAGUCAGUGCUGCAUUAUCUUCAAAUGCUUAGGAGGCAUUGAAAACCUUCCCAGGUUAUAACUUGGGGAAGCCUUGCUGGGCCAGAGUGCAGAUGAAUGGAAGAAGGAAAAGGGCUUCUCUCUAUGCAUUCCAGUCUGCAGAGUAUGUGUCGUACUCCAGCUUCCUGUAAAAUGGAAAAGCUCCCUAAAAGACUGGUUUUAUGCCUUCACUUAUGAUCUUUCGCUGCAGACUUCUUGUCUGAUCUGGGAAGCUUCUGUCUUGCUUUAUGCUUCAGUCUUCCAGCUAUGUAGUUUUCGGGUGGAAUGAAGUGAUGUUAUGGUAUUCAAUACUUGACUAUAUUGUAUUGUGGUUUUCUAUAUUAGUUUUCUAAAAUCUUCUAAAUCUUGAGAAUCCCAGUUAGAAAAAGAAGAGCAAGAAGUCCUGAAAUAACAAUAAUAAUGGGUUGCUAUGAGUUUUCUGGACUACAUGGCCAUGUUCCAGAAGCAUUCUCUCUGGAAUAUGGCCAUACAGCCCGGAAAACUCACAGCAAUCCAGUGAUUCCGGCCAUGAAAGCCUUUGACAACAACAACAACAUAAUAAUAUUAACAACAACAACAACAAUUUUAUUUCUUACCCACCUCUCCCCACAGCUCAAGACGGGUCACAGCACAGUUAGAAAAACACAAAUACUAUAAGAAUUCUACAAACACACAUUAAAAUUCGGUUCCAUAAAUGAUACUGAUCAAAGGAUUUCUGUAAAAUACAUACUAAUCACACAGGACAGAGACCAAAACACAUGACAUGAGUUUAAAAUUCAUGCUUAAAACAUAAAUGCACAUGAUUAAGAUGCCCUGCCUGCAGUCUGAAAUAGGUACAGCAUUAGCAGCAUCUUAAGGAGAACUAAGGCCUUACUUACAUGGAUAACCUCACUGACUGCAACUGAUUUACUUAUUACUGAAAUCUGGUGCAAGAUCAAAUUGUACUUGUCAGACUCUUAACUGUUCUAAAAAACUGCAUUGCUGUUACUGCCAUGAUCAUUUCACAUGUAUUUUUUUCUAAUUAUUGAAUUGUUAACACCAUUUUUUUCUACAACAAACUAUCAACUCAAUGUUGUUUUCAUCUGAGAUGAUCAAGAGGAAAGAACUGCAUUAGUGCAUUUAGUAAAUGAAUACAUAUUUAUUCGACAGAUUUAUGAAAGAAGUUGAUAUAAUAAGAAGAGAGAAAAAUGGGGGGACAAACAGCGGGUAUUGCAUGCUACCCAAUAUUCUAGAAACCCCUGUUCUAGCACUUGAGGAAAAAAAUGCUGUAUUUUUCAUUGUGAGCAAAUAGUUGGGUAUCCCAGGAAACAUGAAAGUGUAGCAUUAUAUAAAGACCUUAUCUGGGACUUUUCCCACAUGCAUGUGUGAGACUUUUUUAAAAGCAAAAUUGCACUUGAAACACUUUUUAAUAUAAAAAUGCAUAAGAUGAACAUGGCAAAAAUGGUGAGCAAUAAAACCUUAUUUUCUAGCUGGAUGGUGAUAAUAUCUUUUUUAGAGAUGGAAAUUAUUUCCUUUUUGAUUUGGGGGUGGCUUAAAGAUAGACAUCUUCGUUCGGACGUGUAUUGAGUUGUUUCCAUUUGUUUUCUUUUUUUAGACAGGAAGGGAUUUAGCAAUCCUGCUCCCAGUUAAUUCAAUGGCAGUUGGGGAUCUGAAAGGCAGGGCUGGAUCCUGCAAACACAGGACUUCCCUUCACUACACAUGUGGACCCGGUCCAUGCUUCGUAAUGGUGGGAGGCCCACUGAUUAAGCUAUAAAAAGGGAUGCUUUUGUUUCCCCGGAAUUUUCUUUGAGUCAGUCUGUGGUUUGUUGUGUCUGAUAUCGCCACCACCAUAAAAUGUCACUGGACAUUUUAAAAAAGCACGUUUUGUUUAACUUGUUUUGUUUUUUAAUGUAAAAGUUAAUAGAGUUUUUUUGCCUUUUGAUGAAAGUGAUGGUGAAUGUAGAGCAUCUGGUGAGCAACAUUUAACUCCACAACAGUUAAGCACAACUAUUUCACAAUAUUUUACUUUGGAAAGUGUAAAAGCUACUAUAUUCUUCGCUUUAUUGCCGAAUAAUAAUUUGACUGAGGUGGCAGAGGCUUUUCAAUACUUCAAGGCAGUGAUUCCUAAACUAUCGUUUUCCACAAAUCGGGAAACCAUCACCAUUGGCAGUUAGAGACCACCACCAUUGGCAGUUAGAAAUCACCACCAUUGGCAGUUAGAAACCAUCACCAUUGGCAGGCCACGUAGAUCUUCUGGAAGUUCUAGACUGUUAUUAAGUAGGAGCCAUAGUUAGGAACCAAGGCAGAUUAGUGUGUAAUAUAUACUGUUUUGAUGCUUAAUUUGCAAAGCUAAGUUCUGUUUGCUUCCCACUGUUACUUAGAGGAUUGUGUCUUCUUUGUCAAUAAAGCAACCUGCAUUGGUUUGAAGCCGGUAGCCCAGUGCCAUGACAUUUAGUAGAACCGGGUCCCAUAGGGAAAAUUAAGAAUUAUUUGAAGCCUGUUUAAGACAGUUUCGUAUGUCAACCAAUCUUGAUUUCUUGUAAAUUGUACCCAUUUAUUCAUUUGUCUGGAUUAAUAAGACAGGUAGGCAUGCACAGAGCGCAGUGUUUUGGACCAAAGCCAUUGUCUCUGAGCGAUGAGCAUGCACUAGUGGCACACUGCCCUAUUUCCCAUUCACCGGCUUUUACCACCUGGAUAAAAGGUUCUUUCCUCUCCAUCAGCCCUUUGGUGCUCGAAGGAAGGAAGGUCCGGGACCUGAAGUUAUUCCAGGCAGGGAAAGGUAUGUUUCAAAAGUUAAGGUAUGUUUUCCUAUUUGGCCAACUCAGUGCUUUGAGACCUCAGUUCUAACCAAAGGCAAUAAAACUAGAAGCAGACGUAGCUUUUAUUUCAAAAAUCAAUAACUAGUCAACUGUCUUACCAGAUUACUUAGCAGGUGCUUUUUUUAACUGAUGGGAGUUAAGUCUCUCUCUCUCUCCUUUCUUUUGGAAUAAUCUAUAUAUAUAUAUUUAUUAAAUGUAUUAAUGUGUGUGUGUUUUGUUUAUAAAUGUUCCCCUUUCCCCAUCCUGCUGAUGUUUGCCUACCAUUUAAUCUUGUACAUUGGGGUGGGGGGGCAGGUUUUCAAGACAAUCAAUGUGUACCAUAAUGACUAUACAUAAGGAUAUGGAAUUAAACAAAACAAACAAAACCCCACAAAUUGUAAAGCAUGGGCAAAAAUACAUUUUAUUUUCAAAAACGCUGUUCUUAACAAAAAUGAAACAAAACAAAAUAAAAUAAAGGCUUUACUAUUUACUUACAA